AUGAUCAACCCUGCCGAGGCGCCGCCUAUCCACGAUGAGAACCUCACCCCCGAGGCCAUUCACGACCGCGUCAUCUGGGCGCCCGGCCCCAACUGGAACCCACAGCCCGCCACCCAGUGGGAUAUGAUUUGUCUCUCGGAGCCCCAGAACAUCCGACCGUACCCAGCGCCGACACCGGGCCCAUCACCAAUUCACUACUCACCGCAAUUGGCCGAGGAGCAAGAGCGCCUCGGUUGGGCGAAUUACUUCAUGCAGGGACAGUGCAUCGGAUGCGGCCACGAGUACAAGGAGGGUCGUUUCACAUACCUCUGGUGUUUUGGCUGUGCUGCCAACGCAAAAAUCGUCCGUGCAGGCCGCGUCGUGCCCUGUGACCAAAAAUAUUACGGGUGCCGUCUCAACGCCCAGCUUCCCUUCUUCAACCCGUCCCUUCACUUCAACGCCCAGCGGCUCCUCGAGCGGUGCGUGCGUGCGCGUCUCGUGCUGGCGUGCCCACAUUGCUGGCUGUCGCUCCAGACGCUUGAUGUCCAGAACAAGCUGAUCAACGGC